AACGAACCUCAGGGAGCCUCGACAUCCUGCACAUCGAUCACCAUGAGCUCGUUCGCGCCCCAGCCCCAGCCCACCACCGAGCUAGGUCGUUACAGACUGCUCUCGCCUUCUGCAGGCGUACGCGUGUCCCCGAUAUGCCUCGGAACCAUGUCGCUUGGCCAGUCGUGGACCCCUGAGAUGGCGGGUGGCACGACACAGGAAGAGGCUUUCAAGUUUCUUGACAAGUACUACGAGGGCGGAGGCAACUUCAUCGACACAGCUAACAACUAUCAGAACGGAGAGAGCGAGACCCUCGUCGGAGCGUGGGUCGCGGCUAGGAAGAACCGUGAUGAGCUAGUGAUCGCUACCAAGUACACCUUUGGCUACCAGCACCACAGGCAGGAUAUCAAGCUCAAGGUCAACUACCAGGGCAACCACCGAAAGAGUCUGAUACUUUCUGUGCAAGAUAGUCUCGAAAAGCUCCAGACGAGCUACAUCGACAUCCUCUAUGUGCACUGGUGGGACUACUCCACCUCCAUCCCGGAGCUCAUGCAAGCACUCGAUUCUCUCGUGAAAUCGAACAAGGUCCUCUACUUGGGCAUCUCUGACACCCCUGCCUGGCUAGUCGUCAAAGCAAAUGAGUACGCGCGGGCCCACGGCAUGGCGCAAUUCGUCGUCUACCAGGGUCUCUGGUGCAUCGGAACGCGCGACCUGGAGCGCGACAUAGUGCCGAUGUGCCGCGCGGAGGGCAUGGGCAUCGUCCCAUAUGGCGUCCUCGGCCAGGGCAAGUACAAGACGGAGGCCGAGAUCAAGGCGCGCACCGCGGUGCGCUACGGCAUGCCGCAGACCGAGGCCGAGAAGAAGAUCAGCGCCGCACUUGAAGCCGUCGCGGGCGAGGUAGGCAACGGCGCGACGCUCGUCUCCGUCGCCGUCGCCUGGGCGCUCGCAAAGGCCCCGUACGUCUUCCCCGUCAUUGGUGGUCGCAGCCCCGCGCAGCUCGACGACGUCAUCAAGGGCCUGGAAACCGCGCUCACGCCCGCGCAGGUGCAGGCGCUGGAGGCGGCCGUGCCGUUCGUGCCCGGUUUCCCGUACAACUUCUUCGGGGCCGAUCCCGCGCUCAACGAUGGUCGCCCCAACUACAUGGUGAACGCCGCGGGCUGGGUCAAGUGGGUUAAGGCGGAGGCGCCGAUCGCGCCGGGCUCGUAAAUACUAAGCUACUAAGGGAACGUGUAUACGAUAGGCUGAGUGAGUGAUAUCCGUACGCAUCGGCGGCGGAGAUCCUUUACUAUAGAUAAGGGAGAUGUGGUGUACGACAAUUGAAUCUUGGGCCCG